AUGCUCUUGCGUGCAAUUCGUUCAUUCAGUUUCCGUGCUCUUUUCUUCGCACCUAAGGUCCUGUCUCAUGGUCAUGUAUCCGACGUAAUCAUUGAUGAUGAAAGCUACUAUGGUCAUGAUCCCACCAAGGUCCCCUACGGACCUCAGCCUGAGAGUAUCACCUGGACAAACGGCGCCAAAGACAACGGCUUUGUAACCUCCACCGCAAGCGCCCUGUCUUCCCCAGACAUUAUAUGCCACCUCAAUGCCACCAACGGACAUCUGACAGCAAACGUCACUGCCGGCACGACCAUCACUGUGCGUUGGUCAGACUGGCCACAAGCCCACUGGGGACCUGUCUUGGACUACAUGGCGCGUUGUCCAAACAAUGAUUGCACAACAGUCGACAAAGCCAAAUUGAAGUUUUUCAAGAUCGAUGAGCUGGGUCAAUUGACACGAGGAACUGUGUCUGGUUCGCCGGGGUACUGGGCAAAUAACAAACUUCGAGAUGCGAAUUUCACAUGGAAUAUUACAAUCCCGGCCAAGCUAGCUCCAGGAAGCUAUGUUCUCAGACAUGAAAUCAUCGCACUUCAUGCUGGAGGUGCUGAAGGAAGCACACAAAUGUAUCCUCAAUGCAUCAGUCUUGUUGUUGAAGGAGAUGGUACGGUACAGCCUGAUGGCGUGUUUGCUACCGACCUGUACUCUUCUAAAGAUCCGGGUUUGCUGCAUAAUGUUUUUGUGGAUGAGUGGAGUAGUGUAGAGUAUGUGAUUCCUGGGCCUUCGGUAGUUAAAUUCUAG